ACAGGGGGGAUGAUGCAGUAAGGGGAGAUCUUGAUGCAGCAAUGUGCUGCCUUGCAGUCGGGUUAAAUAUAUGUUUGCAAACUCCUCUUGUCCCUGUGCAUGUCCCUCCCUGCAAGAUGCAGCCCCAGUUUGAAGCGCGCACCGGGGAGGGGUGCAACGACUAGGGCGUGUGACCCUGCAAGUUGCAAUGGUCUUGGAGACGUCGGAGCCAAAGGUUGGAGCUGGGUUUUGGGUUUCGCUUUCGGUUCCAUCUCUCCUCCUCCUCCUUCUCCGCCUCUGGCCGCUGGUGUUGGUGUUGGUGUUGGCUGGACAAUGGCCGAUGGCCCGCCGCCGGUGUGGCUGGAAGAGGAGCUAACAUGCCCCAUCUGCCUGCACAUCUACACCGACCCGGUCAUCCUCAACUGUAAGCACAGCUUCUGCCAAGCCUGUAUCGAGGAGUCGUGGAGGGAGCCGGAGUCUGGACUCUACUCCUGCCCCGAGUGCCGGGCCAAUUACAGGGAGAAACCUGCGCUGAAGAGGAACUUCAAGCUGGCCAACAUCGCCCAGAAAUACCAAGCGGUGAACGGCGGGCCGGUGGCUCUGCCCUGCAACUAUUGCACCAGGAAGAAGCUGUCUGCCGUCAAGACAUGCCUCAAGUGUGAAGCGUCCAUGUGUGCCAAGCACCUCAAGCACCACCGGGAGAACGCAGUGUUCAAGAACCACCCUCUCAUCGACCCCACGGCGGACAUGUCCACCUGGAAGUGCGUGGAGCACAAGAAGCUGCUGGAGAUCUACUGCAAAGACGACAAAGUCUGUAUCUGCUGUCUCUGCCCGGUGGUGGGUAGGCACAAGAAUCACAACUGUUGCAGCAUUAGUGAAGGCGAGCAGGAGCUGAGGGAUCACCUGCAGCAGCAGAUAGACAAGGUCAGGGCAAAUACCACAGCCAUCCAAGCCGGCAUCCUGCACCUGCAGACACAGAAGCAAAAGACACAGAACCUGAUCAGGGAAAGCAAAGCCCAUGUCCAGGAGCGGUGUAUGGCUCUGCGGAAUUACUUUGAGAAUGAAGAGAAGGAAGCAUUGAAGUAUCUCGACACAGUCCAGACCCAGGUCACAGGAGACAUUGAUGCACAGAUUUUUGCUUUGGAAGACAAGAUGGAAGUCUUUGAGAGAAAUAUGGCUGAUUUCAGUAAUCUUUUAAUGAAUAUGGAAAAACUAGUCUUCAUACAGGGAUUUAAUUCAAUGAGAACAAGAAUAAAAGAGGCAUCGGAACCACUGGGACCACAGCCGUUACCACCAGACGUUAGUAAAGUCACCGGUGACAAGGUGAACUGGAUACAGAAACAGUACGAAAUGGUGUCGCGGCUCGAGAGGGACCGAGACGUGAUGGCAACCGUGUACGGACGGACACCGACUCUGGACUUGGAGACCGCCCACCGCUGCGUGACGUUGUCGGACGACAGACGGGGGGCGUCUAGCGUCCCAGACAGACAGCCCUACCCAGCCCACCGCAAGAGGUUCGACUGGUGGGGGCAGGUGCUGGCCUCGGAGGGAAUCAACGGCGGGCGCUCCUACUGGGAGGUGGAGACAGCGGCAGCUCACGGCAGGUGGGGGGUGGGCGUUUGCUACGGCAGCAUGAAGCGCAAGGGCAGGGACAAGGAGAGCGCGCUCGGAGGGAACAAAAAAUCCUGGAGCGUCUGCUCGCAAAACAACAACGGCCUUUGGAAUUACCUGUCGGGAUCACGUUCAGUCUCAGCCCAGCACAACGAUAUCGUCACUGAUAUCACGCUUCCCGUCAUCUCUAAGGUGGGAGUCUUUGUCGACUUUGAUGCCGGAAUCAUUUCAUUCUACAGUGUAUCAGACAGCAAGCUGAGCCUGAUCUGCACGUUUCAACAGCAGUCGUUCUCUGAGUCUCUCUACCCUGCUCUCAGAGUUGGUGAUGUCAACACAUCACUCACAAUGUCCCCCCUUAACUGAUUGCUCCAGUUUCAUAUUUUCUAACCAUUUUAGACUUAGCAACAAAUUUCCUUUAGCACCAAAUAGAAAUGCAAGUUGGCGUGUUAUACUCAGUUAUUUUAUUUUGCGUUAAACCCUGUAGUAUAAGUAGAGGGUUUACUGUAGGGCGGCGCAGUGGUAGAGUUGCUGCCUCACAGAGACCCGGGUUCGAUCCCGACUACGGGUGCUGUCUGUACGGCGUUUGCACGUUCUCCCCGUGACCUGCGUGGGUUUUCUCCGAGAUCUUCGGUUUCCUCCCACACUCCAAAGACGUGCAGGUUUGUUGGUUAAUUGGCUUGGUGUAAUUGUGAAUUGUCCCUAGUGUGUGUAGGAUAGUGUUAGUGUGCGGGGAUCGCUGAUCGGUGUGGACUUGGUGGGCCAAAGGGCCCUGUUUCCGCGCUGUAUCUCUAAACUAUACAAAACUAAAAUUAAAAGUCUGGCUGUUCUAACUCCUGAGUCUACAAAUCCUUACAGUGGACACCAAAUGCAGGAGUAACUCAGCGGGUCAGGCAGUAUCUGUGGAGAACAUGGAUAGGUGACGUUUCACAGAGUGCUGGAGUAACUCAGCGGGUCAGGCAGCAUCUGUGGAGAACAUGGAUAGGUGAUGUUUCGGGUCGGGACCCUUCUUCAGUCCCAAUUCGAAACGUCACCUAUCCAUAAGUUCGUAAGUCAUCGGAGCAGAAUUAGGCCGUUUGGCCCAUUGAGUCUCCUCUACCAUUCAAUGAUGGUCGAUGUAUUUUUUCCUCAGCCCCAUUCUCCUGCCUUCCCCCCAUAACCCUCGCCAGAUUUACUAAUGAAAAAUCUUUCAAUCUCCGCCCUAAGGGCCUGUCCCACGAGCAUGCGACUCCAUGCGGCAAGCGCGACCUAACGUGGUCGCUUGAGCCGUACGGCCUCGCGGGGCCGGUCCCACUUCGAUCGCCGGAGCCGUAUGGAGUUGUGCGGAGCUGGUCCCAACAUCGCGCGGGGCUCCGAAAAACUGACACUCCGCAACCGCCUCGAUGCCGUGUCACUCACUCGACCUCCGCGCGGCUCCCGCUUCUGGUUUGGUCGCGCUUGCUUGCCGCAUGACGUACGGCUCAAGCGACCACGUUAGGUUGCGCUUGCAGCAUGCAGGCGUAUGCUGGUGGGACCGGCCCUUUAACAAUACCCAUUGACACGGCCUCCACAGCCGUCUGUGGCGAUGAAUCCCACAGAUUCACCACCCCGUCUGACGAGAGAAAUCCCUCCCCUCUCCUGGGGACCAUUAUCCGUGACCUCCGGAGAUGUUGCCUAACCUGCUGAGUUACUCCAGCACUUUGUGCCCUUUAGUGUAUGAACCAGCACCUGCAGUUCCUUGUUUCUACAUCCUAAUCCUUACAGUAGAUUCCCACAGAAUACAGGAGACUUAACCCAGCGACCAGCAGGAUUCAGGGAAAGUUUUGUCAAGAAAUUUCAAAUGCUGUCGGUGUCGAUAUCUGUCUAAUCAGGGAACUAAAUAUCUUGACAAGCAAUAAAAUGCAAAUAAAUGUGGUGAAGUGGAGAAAGUAUUGAUUAGUUAGUCGCCCCAAUCACAGAUUAUCGGUUAUUUUAUGAGGUUUUUUUGGUUUAGAUUAGAGAUACAAUGUGGAAACAGGCCCUUCAGCCCACCGAGUCCAUGCUGACCAGCCGUCCCUAUCCUACACACACUAGGGACAAUUUACAAUUUUACCGAAGGCAUUUAACCUACAAACCUGCACGUCCUUGGAGUGUGGGAGGAAACCGGAGCUCCCGGAGAAAACCCACGCAGGUCACGGGGAGAACGUACAAACUCCGUACAGACAGCACCCGUAGUUGGGAUCGAACCCGGGUAUCUGCCGCUGUAAGGCAGCAACUCUACCGCUGCGCCACCGUGCCGCCCCUUAGCAUUAAACAUGUGCUCACUGCCCUGUUCCCAGUUGCCUCUCUGUAAUAUCAGAUCUGGCUAACCCCUAUCUCCAACUACCAUGGGACGGCUUGUGAUCGAUGCUGCCUGCCCUGCUCAGAUACUCCAGCACUUUGUGUCUUUCUCUCAGUAAACCAACAUCUGCAGUUCCUUGUUUCUACGGGGCAGCUGUUGACGGUGAAGGACGUGACGACCUCGUGGUGCAUCAUAACUUCCACCGUCUCCACCCACCAGCGCAGUAUCGCCAGACAUGCUUUGUUAAUCUCUUAGAGCCAGCGUUGGUGGAUUUGAAACUUUUGAGUUUAUCUGGUGUGAAUUUGCUUCGCAUUCUUUCACUGAACACCAGAGGGCGGUGUUGCUUCACUGAAAGAAUUCUAACACUUUGUUAUACUCUGAAUGGUGGCGCAGCGGGUAGAGUCGCUGCCUCACGGCGCCAGAGACCCGGGUUCGAUCCUGACCACGGGUGCUGUCCCCUACAGAGUUUGUACCUUCUCCCAGUGACCGAGUGGGUUUUCUCCGGGUGCUCCUGUUUCAGGACCAGGGGUCACACAGUUUAAGAAUAAGGGGUAGACCAUCUAGGGAGUGAGAUGACGAUUUUUCACCCAGAGAGUUGUGAAUGUGUGGAAUUCUCUGCCACAGAAGGCAGUGGAGGCCAAUUCACUGGAUUCUUGGUUUCUUGGUCCUCCAAAAUAUUGGAAAUGGAAUUUAAACUGGAGGUGGUGAAGGGAGGACUUAAGCCAGAAAGGGUUAUUGGGAAGAAAGAGCUACUUUAAAUUUAGUUGCAUCUGGUUGGGUAACUGUAGUAGGGUGGAGAUUAUUCCAUGCUUUAAUUGUGCGGGGGAAGAACGAAUUGCUGUACACAUCUGUCUUUGUAACUGGGAUCACAAAUUGGAUCGAAUGCCCUCGUCUGCUCCUAAUUGGUUUGGGUUUGGUGUAGGUCUUGAAAUGUUUUCAUGGGGGAGUUAGAUUUAGCUCUUAGAGCUAACGGAAUCAAGGGAUAUGUGGAGAAAGCAGGAGAGUUUGAAUGUAGAGCAGGGGUGGGCAACCUUGUUCUGCAUAGGGGCUGGGACGCAUGUCUGUGACCAGAUGAUGGGCCACAUCUAUCACGUGUACACAUGGAUCCCACCCCGGAUUGAUGGCAGGCAUCAAAUCACAUGUUCACAGAAGGUAGACAAAAAUGCUGGAGAAACUCAGCGGGUGAGGCAGCCUCAUGCAAUCCUUGCAUGUCUCACCCGCUGAGUUUCUCCAGAAUUUGUUGUCUACCUUCGAUUUUUCCAGCAUCUGCAGUUCUUUGUUAAACGUGUUCACAGAAGGUGCGCGGCCGUGCCGGCGGCUUUGCGCAGGAUACGGUACGGCCAGCGCUCGGCGUGCCGGAUGAUUUCGGGUUUAGGGGCCGCAUUCGGCCCGGGGGCCGUACAAUCACUCAAUCAUCCUGCUCUGUGAUCUAUUGCUAAUGGUUUCCACACUGCUCCUCUAAACCACACGGGAGACUCUUCAUGUGUUGGAAGGAACUGCAGACGCUGGUUUAAAACACAGAAUGCCGGAGUAACUCAGCGGGACGGGCAGCAUCUCUGGAGAGAAGGAAUGGGGGUCUUCUCCAGUCAGAAGAUGGGUCUCGAACCCGAAACGUCACUCAUUCCUUCUCUCAGGGGGACUGUUCGUGUUAUCUGCAGCAGCUUUGCAAACAGGUUCUCCCCGAAUGUAUAUGCCACGGCAGUCGAGAGCAACUCAGUACUCUAGAUAUUUGAAAUAUUGAUGUAGUUUAAACCAUUUAAUUGCUGCAUGAUCUAUUUUUAUACCUUGCUUCUGGUCAUUGGCGAACUCGUCACGAUGUUACUGUCUGAUGUAUGUGUCUCUCUGCAUGAGGUACAGUCCCAUUUCUGUGCUGUGUGGACCGACACUUGCCACUACCAAAAAUAUUUAUUUGUAUCUAUCUUUAAUGACAGUGCUAUUUGAGAGGAGGCUGAAAUAACGUCACAAAUCAUCGGAGCGGAAUUAGGCCAUUCGGCCCAUCAGGUCUACUCCGCCAUUCAAUCAUGGCAGGUCUACCUCUCCCUCUCAACCCCAUUCUCCUGCCAUCUCCCCACAAUCCCAGAGAGUGGUGAGUCUGUGGAAUUCUCUGCCUCAGAGGGCGGUGGAGGCAGGUUCUCUGGAUACUUUCAGGAGAGAGAUAGAUAGGGCUCUUUAAAAAUAGCGGAGUCAGGGGAUAUGGGGAGAAGGCAGGAACUUGGGUACUGAUUGGGGGUGAUCAGCCAUGAUCACAUUGAAUGGCGGUGCUGGCUCGAAGGGCCGAAUGGCCUACUCCAGCAUCUAUUGUCUAUUGACUCCCGUACUGAUCAAGAAUCUAUCUAUCUCUGCCUUAAAAAUAUCCACUGCCUUGUUCUGCUAGAAGCUGCUGAUGGGGUUUUCCCAUCACCAAUAUUCCUCCCUCUGGCUAAAGAGAUUCCUCCUCAUCUCCUUCCUAAAAGAACGUCCUUUAAAGCUGAGGCUCUACACUGGAGCAGGCCCCUGCAUCACACGCUGCAUCGAUCAGCAGAUUCUCUUCACCAUUUCUGCAGCAAUGAGCAGUGUAACGGUGUUGACAAAAAUGCUGGAGAAACUCAGCGGGUGAGGCAGCAUCUAUGGAGCGAAGGAAAUAGGUGACUAUCUUUAAACUAAACAGCUAUACAGGGCAAUGGGGGAGGGAUAUAGCUCUGUACACCUUGCUCUCGAACGGAAACGCACCAACAUCAAAGCUAGAAAAACAACACAUUGUUUGAAUUGACAUUUCAUGAUGUGUGAAGCUUUAUUUUUUUUUAUGUAGCUUUUGUAUUUUAUACUGAAUGAUAGAAUCUACAAAAUUUUUUUUUAAAUGAAUAAAACGUGUUUUAUUUACUUCAGUGUCGAAUAU